CCCUCCAGAGCAGUGCUUCAGUCACACCCGUGCAGUAAAGUGAGGCUAAGCUGCACAUGAGGCUGCAAAGAGAAGCUCCCUUUUUUCACACUCAUUUGAUUAGGUUGGACUCCUUACGUAAUGUGGAUUUUUUUUAUAUAACAAUGGCUUGAAAAUAUAUGUCACAGGCGUACCACGGGCAAUGCAGUGCAGAGCGUUUAUUAGUCACUGAGGCACACACUCACACAGACACAGAGACGUGCACACGCUCACUCUGUAGCUCCAGCAGAGGUCUGCCUGCUCUGGCAAUGCUCACUCUGACUGAUAACGAUGCAGGUCUUCAGAAAGGUGCUCUGCAAGCCGUGUAGUGCCAGAGUCACUUCACCAGAGGAGGACAUGGAAUACAAGAUGGGGAGCUGCAUCGGAAUCUCACACAGACAGGCUGAAGCUCACUCUGAGACUUUGACCCAGAGGGACGAUAGAGCGCUUCUCUCUGAAGCCUCGACCAGCCAGCAGAGUCCGCUGUCUCAACCAGUGCUCCCAGACGUCCCAGUCAUCACUGGAGUGGAGGAGGGCAGCAGUGAGGCUGGAGAGCAGGACGAGCUGGAGUUUCCUCAUGACCUGCUGCCCAGUCUAGACUUCAGCAGUGAGCUCAACAUCUGGGAGGCCUCGCUGGGCAGAGCUCAGACUAGCUCAGGUGAGAGGACAUGUGAGCAGGUGAACCCCUUGCUGGCGGGCCUGCAGAGCCACAUGGAAGUCAGUCGACCACUGGUGGUUCUAGACUCAAGGCCUCAUGACAGCGACCCAGUUCUCACAGAUGCUCAGCAAUCACCUCGGCCCUCUGCCACACCUUACCCGGGUGUCCAACCCCUGACCCCUCCCCUAUCCGUGCUCCUAGACCAGGAACUCCAAGAGGCUUUCCAGGAAUGUGAAGAACAAAUGGCCUCACUGGGGAUACUUAAUCCCACAGGGCCCCCCCACCAGACAGUUAACGAUGCAGGAGAGAAAACUGGAGAAGUGAUGGUUAAUAAAUCCAGUGAGUCAUCAUCAUUGCCUCCAAUUGCAGUCCAGCCAGGACAUAGCAACGGGGGCCAUGGAAACAAGAGUACACACGGAAACAGUGAGGCAGCAAACAGUCGGACGGAUACAGUUGUGUUUAGUUUUAGGAAUUACAUUCUGGGCACUGAGAAUAGUGCUGGGACAGCAGAGACGAAGAGUGAAAUAAAAGCAACACAGAGCCUGGAUAAAUGUCCAGAGAUUAAGACAGUGGAAGAAACAGAGAUGGAUGAGCAGAAGGAGACACCCACGCAUGCACAAUUAGAAACAACGGCAGAUUUAUUUAAAGAAACCCAAAAAGAUGCUGCGCUCACUGUGCAGAGAGAUGAUUUCAGAGAGGAACAUGUUGAUUCUAAUGCAGCCAUUGAGGAUAAUGGCACAUUAGACUGUAAUACAGUGAUUAGGGAGAAAGGCACAGAGGCAGUAACAGAGACUGUAGACAUAAGGAAAGAAAAUUAUAGCGAUGAGUCCAGCAUUAGUGUUUGUAUAACUGAACCAGGAAAGAAAGAUGAUUCAGUUAAUGAAACAUCAGAGUGCAGUCAUUUGCAUUUAAAGGAUAAAGAUGUAUUAUCAGAAGCACAGAUGGGAGCAAACCAUUACAGCGAGGAGGAUCAGGAGUCAAAAUCAGAUAAAUGGAAGAGCUCACCUUGUGAGGCUGGGCAGGACAAAAAGGCAAAGAGGAAAAAGAAACAAAGGAAAAAGAACAAGACAGAAGAGAAAAAUGUAGAGACUGAGGAGAAAGCAAAGACAGUAGUACAACCUGAGAAUGAUUCACAGGCUGUUUCUCUUGUAAAUGCAGGAAAUUACACAGAUUCAGCAGCAAAUGUUGUGUCACAGGCAGACGCUCAGACUGUGAUUUGUGGGGAACAGCCUGAUAAUGGGUUUGGCUCUAAGCAGCAGCUGAGUCCCGAGGGAGAGCCCAGCCCCAGCCCCCCACUAUCAUCCUCUCCUAGUGAGCAGGAUCAUCUUACUGUCUCGCCCUUUUCACCUGCGUCUAACCAGCCUCAUCAGUCAGAUAACCGCAACCAUACAGAUGCCCCAUGUGGCAUGAAUCACAGCUCAGAUGAAAGCCCACACCGGAAGCAACAUGCAACCGGAGGUGCCAUCGACAACCAAAAUACACCCAUGACACAUGUCCACACUACAGUUAUCAGUCCAGCUGCUUCUGCUGAUAAGAGGUCCGAUUCACAAACACAGGAGGCUGAAGUUACCUCAGAGGCAGUGAUACUCACACACGAGAAUCAGAGCCCACUCUCCAGCAGCCCAACUUGUGUGGGAGAGAGCGGCGUGGAGAGUGCCCUUGAAGAGGCUUUAGUGGUGGUUGCUGCGUUGCCACUGGCAACACCCACGAUGCCAGAAGUGAUAGAAAGCAAGGGAGAGGGAGAAAGCGUGAGGCGUGAUUCACUGGAGAGAGUAGCUUCUGUAACGAUCGCAGAGAGUGAGAAAGCAGUAGGAGAGAAAGAUUUGGGAGGAAUAGAAAAGUGCCUCAGCUCUGCAGACGGAGAGAAAGACCUGGACAGCCUUCCUCAGCUCGCAUUAAUCCGUUCACGGGGAAAAUGCUCACUUGUAUUCUCAGCCAAAGAGGGACAGGCUGUAUCUGAGGAAAGCUGCAGCAGCAAAAUGCCACACAACUCGACUGAGACUGAAAUGAAGGGACCGAGAGAGACAACCGUUCGCAGUGCAGACACAGAGCUCUCACCAGCUGAGGAGGGAGACAGAGAAAAGGAGCCACUUCGGUUAGAAGCUUAUAUCAAUACUUCUCCCUUUGGGCCACUUACUGGUCCUGAUUGUCAGGAUCACAGUGCUGCGGGAUUGGACGGAGCAGGAGAGGGAGGAGGAGGAGGAGAGGAGGGGGGAGAGAAAGGAGGGCUGGCUAGAGAGCACAGUUCAUUCAGCCAGCCAGAAGGCUCUGCUAGUGGGGUGUCAUCAGCCGGGACUGAGACGUGUCCGCCCACCGAUGUUGCCGAGUCACAGUUGAAGUCACAGGGCUGGAGUGAGCCGAUUGCAACCAUCUCUCAGAGCAUCUGCACUGAACAGGACCGUCUCUCUCACCCCUGCCAAGAGCACCAUGGCGCAGCAAUUUCACCUCUCCCGGCUCACCCUGAACAGAGCUCCAGCAAUACAGACGGAGGGGUAAGGGCUGAUCUCAAACAGCAUUCGAUUUCAGAGGAAGCAGUGUCUUUAGGACACACUUGUGAGGGGUCAUCCAUCACAGAGACAGAGAAAAACUGCAGCCAAGUCUUCCUGCCUUUAAUCUCACCUCAGCCUCUGACUACUUCACAACAUAUCCCAGUCGAGCGACAAGCGAGCAGCAAUCAACAGGUCCAGCUUGAAAGUAGCACAACAGCAGCCCGGAAAGACGAAAGUGCAGCUGAGUUCCAAGUCCAAGCCAAGAGCAAAAUAGGUGCUGCGGGUGUAUGUGACAGCAGCAGAGGCAACAACAGAGUUCACUUUGCGGACACUGUGAAACAAGACGGCAGUUUCUCCAUGGAUCUUAGGAGCAUGUCGGUACCAGCUAUGGACUGCGCCUCUUUGCCUCCGCUGACUGUGCAUGAAAGUUUGCACCAUCCUGUGGUGGAGACCAGCUACACCUUCCCAGAAUUCCUCGGCUUGAAGAAGCCAGAAAUUGCCACAAAUGCAGCUCCUACCAAGGAUGAACCAGCAAUACGGAGCUCAACUGACUUUCUAAAGCCACAGAGAGAUGUCCUGGAGGAAAAAGGAGAUGUGGGGACUAAAGAAGAGAACAUUAAGAUAGAUCAGACAGGUAGCAACAACUUGGGGACAAACACUGUGGAUUUACAGUCAAUGACAAAGGCCGGCUCAAAACAGCUUCCAUGUUCUGCUGAAAAGAAUCAAACUGGUGACCUUUCACAAACAGCAGAAAGUGCCACCUCUGAGGCUGAUCAUUCAGCAGCUGAGCAGGUGUCUGUAAAGGUGACAAAACAAUUAGAGCAGAAAACAGAGAAGGAUGCUGUAAGCCUGUGCUUGUCGACUGAGAAGGAGAUAGAUAAGUUACCCGCUAAGUCUGAAGGCCCAGUCGAGCCUCAGGAGUCACCUUUAAUAAGUGAUGCUACUGAAGGUAACCAACCUCUUCUCUCCUCAUGUUCUGUGCUUCCAACUGAUGAUGUCACCUGCAAGCCUUUUAGUGAUGUCUCCGCUGAGUUAUCUGCUGGGCAGCUCUCUAUGGAAACUGCGACCCUAACUUGCGCAGCCUCUCUUCAGACAAAGCCUUAUGACCCCAGUUAUCAGUCUCCCACCCAAUUAAAUCAAACACCUCCUCAUGGACUGGUUACUAUAGAUGCCAUGCACGCUGGUGAGGGGCCAAAGCCCACGAUUCACUCUGCUGAUCUGACAAAGGAUGAAUCAGCGACUUCCGAAGUGACAGCCUCCGACCGGUCAAUUCCUGUUAUAGAGCAACGUGCCAGUAAUUCUUCUUUUGUGCGGCAGCCUCCUGGCCCGAUGUUGAGUCACUUGGAGUUCAUUACUGACUGUGAUAUCUCUCUUCCUGAGCAGACAGAUAACAGUGGCACUGAUGGUGACAGCAUCAAAGUCUUUGGGGAGGUGGAUGACAACAAGAGCAGGGACAUGACACAAAUGUCCGUAGCGCAGGAUCUGAAGCACGGUGAUGUCAGCGUUAAAGCAGAUGAGGCUUGUCCAAAACCGGAAGAUAAAAAUUAUGAGCUUGAGAAUUCUGCGAUUACCAGUGUAAAUAUUCCAUUUUUAGAGGAGGAAAAUCUGUGCACCCCAACCCAGCCUCCUGGUGCAGAGGGAGUACUGGCAAAGGGUGGGUCUGAUAAUGUAAUUUCUCUAUCUCACACUGAGCCAGUUAUUUGUGAAGCAUCCAUUAAGGAUGGCCUCAUUAAUGUCAGCUGCCCACUCAGCUCUGACCUACCUUCAGACAAAGCUUAUAGUGAAAUUGAACAACAAAAUAUGAAACAGGAAAUGGGAGAUGUAACCUCUGUUCUGUUUGCAGAGGAAAAGAAAAAAGUUGAAGAGGCAACAAUGGAUAAUCAAAAGGAAACAGCAGACAGCAGCAAGCUGCAGACAGGAAAGACAGGCACAACACCACAACAGAGUAAUGGGCCAGAGAAAGAGGCUGUGGAGGAAAUUGGAGGCCUGCAGCCACCACAUGAACAUAAAGUAAAAAAGACUGAGUCACCAAUAAAGGAUGUAAAGGAGGAGGGAGAAAGUGGCAUUUCACCUAAAACCCAGAUAGACACUUCUUCUUUAUCUCCCGACAGACCUGCGGGGUCGUCUGAGGACAUGCUAAGUGCUGGGGCAGAUUCUCGUAGUGAACCUCAGACUGUUUAUGACCAGAGUUUGCGCCAAACUCCGACACUGGAACGCAGCUCUGAGAGGGACACUUCCCCAGAUUUGAAUGCAGCUCUUGGCCAAUCACAGUCCACACCAGAGCCAAACUGUUUUGCUCAGCAACAGGAGCAACAGCAGCAGUGUCUGGGAUCCACACAUCCCACACAGGAGUUGUCAGGUGACAGUCUACAGGGAGGAGAAAAGACUAACGGUCAGGUCAGGCAGACCCAGGCACUGGUUCCAGGGCUGAAAGGGGUAGCACAGGGAGGAGACGGCUCCUCUGGGAGUUUGUGUCAGUCAGGGAGCAGCGAUAAGUUGACAGGUGAUGACAGUGGUGGCAAUGAACGAGUGAUAGAUCUGGAGAAAGGCAAGGGAGAGGGAGUGCAAGCUGUGGUUGACGGGGUUUAUAUGCUGUCUCACUUUGCCAGUGAUUUAAAUGAGAGUGGAAAUGCUGCUGAGAGAAAUGCCUCAGCUGACAUUGGGAGCGUAACUGCUUGCUCGUGUGUAGGUGAGACAAGACAGGGGAUGGUUGAGAAUAAAAGCCCCGUGUUAGGGGUAGUUGGGUCGGAUACAGAUUUAAUUCCAGACACUAAGUUUGUGAGCGAUCUAGGUUUUGAAGGUCAGCAAAAAAGCAAUCUACCAGCUGCCUGUCAAGACCAACAUGGAAAACCUGAAACCUCAAAGAACACUGCUGUAUCUGUUGAGUCUGCAUCACAGGAACAUGAGACUUCACCUUUACGGGUCUCUGUUUCAUCAAAGGUCAGCACAGAUAGUCCCGGCAUUCAUACAGCAGUCAUUUCAAGUGCAAACCAGGCUGAAGAAAUUCAUACAAAAAUAUCCUCUACUCUGGUUGGGCAACCAGAAACUGUGGAAAAGGGUUUCUGUGCUGUCACGGCUGUAAAGAGCAACAGUAGUGAAACUGUGGAUUGUGAAAAUCAGGAUACAGUGGGUGAGCCUGUCGAGCUACAAAGCUUCAAUAAAAGCUCAGCAGCACAAAGCAGCCCAGUAGUACAAACAGCCAUAAAAGGCCCUGAUGUAGAGGAGAUCACAAAGGAAGAUAAAGCAGCUUUGGACGAAGUGAAAGCUAGCAGCCAGGCGACGGGACAAAGUGAGAUAAAAGAGAUGAAUACUGAAGCAAUGAAAAAACAGGCGGUCAUAAAUCAAACUGAGGGUGCUAAAGACAGUGCCUCAAUUGGUCUGUCAAAAGCAACAGAAAAGGACAGUGAUAUAACAGAUACAAUAACUCCUGAUGUUAUCACACACCCAUCUGUUGUUUCGUCAAAGCACCUGGAAGAUUUUGCAUCUACCCCUCCUGCAGCCUCUACCCAGUCUGAGAAGCCUCACGAUCAGGUGUUUUUGUCAAAGCCCCAAGGUGAUAUUGUGUUAAAGCCCACUGUUGCUGCUUCCAACUGUGAAGGAAAACCACUUGAAAAAGCUCCUGUUGAACAAGUUCCUGUGAACACAGAAGCCGGCUAUGUGUCAGAGAGUCCUGCUCCUGUGCAAACAGCCAGAGAACCAGAUACAAACUGGAUACAAGCUCUAAAAGAAGCUGCUUCCAGUGUUCAGAGUAAACAAGAGACCUCAAGACCCCUCCCAUCUCUGGAUUCCCCUCAACUAGAGUUUCUUACUCCGACUGAGGAGAUAGCUGCUUCUCAAGGACAGGAGGAGAUCCCACCACCGGGGCAAGCAGCAGAGAAGACAACAGAGAUCCCACCUCUGAAUCUUGUGAAGAAGCCAGUGGAUCUUCCUGAACCUUUGAAGAAGACAACAGAGCUCCUAGAACCAGCACAGCGCACAAGAGUAGAUCUCUUAGGAGACAAUGAGAAAGUAGGGCUCUCAGAAGAAACAAGGAAAGUAGAGCCCUCAGAAGAAACAAAGAAAGUAGAGCUCUUAGAAGAAACAAGGAAAGUAGAGCCCUCAGAAGAAACAAAGAAAGUAGAGCUCUUAGAAGAAACAAGGAAAGUAGAGCCCUCAGAAGAAACAAAGAAAGUAGAGCUCUUAGAAGAAACAAGGAAAGUAGAGCCCUCAGAAGAAACAAAGAAAGUAGAGCUCUUAGAAGAAACAAGGAAAGUAGAGCCCUCAGAAGAAACAAAGAAAGUAGAGCUCUUAGAAGAAACAAGGAAAGUAGAGCCCUCAGAAGAAACAAAGAAAGUAGAGCUCUUAGAAGAAACAAGGAAAGUAGAGCCCUCAGAAGAAACAAAGAAAGUAGAGCUCUUAGAAGAAACAAGGAAAGUAGAGCCCUCAGAAGAAACAAAGAAAGUAGAGCUCUUAGAAGAAACAAGGAAAGUAGAGCCCUCAGAAGAAACAAAGAAAGUAGAGCUCUUAGAAGAAACAAGGAAAGUAGAGCCCUCAGAAGAAACAAAGAAAGUAGAGCUCUUAGAAGAAACAAGGAAAGUAGAGCCCUCAGAAGAAACAAAGAAAGUAGAGCUCUUAGAAGAAACAAGGAAAGUAGAGCCCUCAGAAGAAACAAAGAAAGUAGAGCUCUUAGAAGAAACAAGGAAAGUAGAGCCCUCAGAAGAAACAAAGAAAGUAGAGCCCUCAGAAGAAACAAAGAAAGUAGAGCCCCCAGAACCAACCAAGACAGAAGAAGAGCCUCCAACAGAGCUCCCAGAGCCAGCACAGAGCACAAAAGUAGAUCUCCCAGAAGAAACGAAGAAAGUAGAGCCCUCAGGACCAACCAAGAAAGAAGAACUUCCAGAAGAGCUCACAGAACCAAAAAGGGAGCCAGUUACUUCUUCAGAAGCAGCGAAGGAGCCAGCUGAGCUCCCAGAACCAACAAAAAGCACAGAAGAGCUCCAAGAACCAACAGAGAAUGAGGAACCAGAACCAACAAAGACGACUUCAGAUCCCCCAGCUGCAGAGAAGAAGCUGACCAGUGAGCCGCCAGAGGUGCUAGUGGACAAACCUGUAGAGAUCUCACCUGAGGAGCCAUUUAAAGUACCAGCUGGGGAAACGGCAGUGACAGAAACAGUCCAGCACCCUGCUGAGGAGCUACAGGACAGCGGGCCCUCCCUCGCUGAGCGGGCAGAGAGAGGUGACCGUGCCCCUGCAUCUCCCCCACCUCCUGCCUCCGAAUACCAUUUCCUGCCUGCCCUCCCUCCUCACCUCCAAGACACCACAGAGUUUCUCACUCCUCCUCCCACACCCCCGGAGAGACCCUCUCCUGACGCUCUACCAACCCCACCUGCAUCUCCCAGCUUCCCUCCUCCUCCUUCUCCUCCUCAUCCAGCCCCUGAUUCCCCUCCUGCACCUCCUGCUUCCCAGAGCGAGGACCACUGCCCUGCUCCUGCACCCCGCCACCCCCCAUUAAGGAGCUCAGACUCUGAUGGAGCGUUCGAGACCCCUGAAUCCACAACUCCAGUGAAGGCUGUUUCUCCUGUAGAUCCUCCAACCCAGCAACUAACAUCUGAUGACAAAGUAGCAGACACCUCCGACAAUGUUCCUGCCUCUGAAUUGACUUCAGCUAAUGCACCAUGCCGUUCCCCAUCCCCUGUUUUUGAUGAGAACCGGCCCAUUGCAGCCAGUGGCCAAUACAACAUUGAAUCUUUGGCUGGAGAUUCAACAAGUCACACCCUUACUCGUUCACUCAGCUUCCAGGGAGGAGCACUAGACAGUUCUGGUCUGUUGGACGGAUCAACGGCGGGAGGCUUCCGUCCACAUUCUGAAUCCUUCAGUGUAGGCACUGAGAGCGCCCCAGGGACGCUCCACAGGCCCAAGAAAGUCCGUCCUGGGUCUUUGAAGAAGAAGCCCCUUCUCAGGCAGAACUCGAACCCAGAGAGUGCAAAGCCAGCUUCAUCCAGCAGCACCCCGGAGACCAAAAAGCGGGCGAAGCCUCGAACUGCCAGCCCUCUCCAGGCUCAGGAGGAAGCAGAGGGAGGAUCUGCGACCCCGAGCCCAGGAGGAACCCUUCGCAGGACCAGGAAGAGCCGUGUGGUGACUCCUCCUCCUCUGCCAGAGGAGACCAAUCAUACCACCCAAGAGGAGAGCCUUGUCAUCCCUGCCUUACCCUUGUGCCAGGAGGAGACCCCUCUCUCUAGUAGUCCAACAGGCGGAGACAAAUCCCCCAUCCCCCCUCCUACCUCCUACAAAUGGGAUCCAGAUAAUUUUGAGAACAUCGACCCUUUCAAGACUGGAGGUAGUAAAAUUGCCAAUUCUCCUGUUAUUGGUCGUAAAGGUCCUGUGGGUGCUCCCAUCGCCAGCCCUCCAGAAAGCCCCCCUGUCCCUGCUGUGGAGCCGUGUCUCCCAGCUCUUCCUGAAAAGCCAAUCACCAAUCCUGAAGAACAACCUAUCAUUCCUAAGCGUCAGUCAGUAAGGCUGGAGUUUGACUACUCUGAGGAGGGCAGCGAGGCACCACACCAGGCCUCUCCCCCACCUAAGAAAGUGGGCAAGAAGCCCGGUGCCAAGAUGCCUCUGAGGAAACCAAAGCUUGGGCUGAAAAAGGCCCCUCCAGUGCAGACGGAGCAGCUGGACAACAAUCCUCCAGCAACCCACAACGGCAACGAGGAUGACAUCCCUGUCCCUGCAGUUUCUUACAAUUUUGAACCUGACAAGUGGGAUGAUCCGAACUUCAAUCCAUUUUCUUCUAAGAAAGGCAUCUCCAACUCCCCCAAACUGUCCAGGCCGUCUUAUUCGUUUGACACUAAUAACUUUGAUGACUGCGUAGACCCUUUCAAAUCCUCCAAUAAGAUGGCCAACUCCCCUCCAAAGGCCUCUGCCUCCUUUGAACUGUCGUCCAAUGACUAUGAGAAUGAAAAUGACAAUGAUAACAUCGGGGAACUGGAGGACCAAAAUCAAAACAAACCGGCCAAGAAGAAGAAAACACCCAUUAAAUCUAAUACUUUCAGAGUGAAGAGGUCGCCAAAGAAAUCCCCAAUGUCUGACCCAUCCGAGGAUCCUACGCCUGCAGAUGAAACCCCCUCCCUUCACCAACAGGACGACCACGCCACAGACGAGGAGAAGCUGGCCUCCUCCACCAGUCACAAGUGGGCAGCCCUGCACAGCAUGGAUGCAGAUUUAAACUCCGACCAACAAGACUUCCCACAGCCGUGUGACCUUACAUCCUUUGUUAACGAGAACAGUCUUCCUCAUCAGGCUCCAGCUCAAGACUAUGAAAUUGAGUACAUGGAGAAGCUUGGCUCCGCUUCGCCUCCACUGUCUGUGAAGAAGCCGUCCUUGUACCUUAAGUUAGACUCUGUAUCUGACAGCUUAACCAAGAAUACGUGUGCACAUGGAUCUGAGCCCAGCUCCCCCUGCACAGGGAGUUUUGAGGAGAUGGAGGCCCAGAUAACAGCGGGUAUGAAGACACCGGUGCUGAGCUCCCGGCCCGGUCCCGAGGGCUCUGCUGGGGACAAGGGCAGGAAGAGGGAAAGUGAAGCACUCAGCAGAACGCAGAGCACAGAGAGGGACGAGCAGCCCCCUAGUGAGGGCCCUGUGGAGGCCCCUGCUCCAGUCCUGGCCCUGCCCCUGUUAGACAGGCUGUCUGAGUGUGACGACCUCCUGCAGUACCUGGAGCCUGACCUGGCUGAGACCAACCCAACAGCAUUCGCCCAAAAACUACAGGAGGAGCUGGUGCUUGCUGCCCUGAGGAUAGAGGCUCUGCAGUCUCGACUCAAGAAACCCAGCACUCGGCGAUGGAAUAUCAACGGUUCCCCCUUACUUAAACACCGAGACCUGUCAUCUCCAGUAGACAGUGGAGUGUCCAAGAACUCACUAUAUGCCAGGACCACCACCAACACCACCACCAACUACAUUGAAGGGGAGAGCCCCCACCUACCCAGAGAACUGGACCACUCCCUGGGAAUAGCACGAGAGGAGAUCGUGUCAAAGGAGAAAGAAGUGCUGGAGUGGCAGAGGAAGUAUGAAGACAGCCGACAGGAAGUGGUGGAGAUGAGGAGGAUUGUUGCUGAGUAUGAGAAGACGAUUGCACAAAUGAUAGAGGAUGACCAGAAAGAGAAGUCUCUCUCUCACCACACCAUCCAGCAGCUGAUCAUGGAGAAGGACCAGGCCCUGGCCGAUCUCAACUCCGUGGAAAAGUCUCUCGCCGACCUCUUCCGACGCUACGAGAAGAUGAAAGACGUACUGGAGGGCUUUCGCAAGAAUGAAGAGGUUCUGAAGAAGUGCGCUCAGGAGUAUCUGUCCAGGGUGCGCAAGGAGGAACAGCGCUAUCAAGCCCUGAAGAUUCAUGCAGAAGAGAAACUAGACAAGGCUAACGCAGACAUAGCUCAGGUGCGGGCCAAAGCCAAGCAGGAGCAGGCCGCCUACCAGGCCAGUCUGAGGAAGGAGCAGAUGAAGGUGGACUCUCUGGAACGCACUUUGGAGCAAAAGAACAAAGAGAUCGAGGAGUUGACAAAGAUCUGCGAUGAGCUGAUCGCCAAGAUGGGGAAGAGUUAGCAACCACACCACGCCCAGGCCAAACCUCCCAGAGAAGAGGAGUGGUUGUGGGGAGAAAAAGAACUUGGAAAAUGAAGCAGAUCAGUAACAUUUACCACUCUACCAAGAACUGACGGACAUUUAAGACCAAAAUGGUCUCCUACUGACUUUGUGUAUACAGGAUCCACAGGAACUGCUUCUCUUCUAAUCACUCUGUACCUUUUUGAUGUGUCAUUGUAUCGUACUGUAUCAGGGGUCUGGUUUAAAGUUUUAGAAAAUGUAUCAUAUCACUAAUGAGUGUGUCUGUGCGCGUGAGUGCGUGUAUGAGGAAGCGAGAGCAUUGUUUUUGGGUUAAAUUAUCUAUAAUGAUGUUGCCAUGACAGCCACUGAGGAGGAAGACUGUUUACCCGUUCUUGUUGUUGUCUCCUCUUGAUACAAGAGAAAGAUAGACUUUGAAAAAGAGUAACAGAGAUUUAGAUUCAUCCAUGAAAUGUUGAUACACCACUAAAGAGAACACCAACCAUCAAGAUAUCUUACUGCAUGUAGGAGAGAAAGGAGAACUCGUUAUGUUAUAUGUUUGUAUAUACUGUAGGAAAUUCCACAUAUGAAAAAGAUCGAUCUGCAUUUUUGAUAGUUAUUCCGUCAUCCUCAGCCCAUAUCCGUCAUGUAACCUUGUAGAUAUUUGUCAUACUUGUCAUAGCUUUCUUGAUGAAAUCGUGUGACUAUUUUUUGGGAUUUAAUUUUGAUAUAAAGCAAACUAAUCGUUACUGUAUUCAGUUGUGACCAGGAGUAAUUUAAUUUUGGAUGGGUUAUGUCCUAGUUCUGCUAUGGUUCGUUGUGUCACACUGAGGAAUAACUUCUCUGCACAGCUGCUGUACAGCAUCUGCUUACAAAGUGCAAUAAAAGUUGGCAAUACAGCA